GCCUCGCCCAGGACGCGGAUACGCCCAAGCCCUCAAUCCUCCGUCCUUUUUUCCUCCUCCUGCUGGUCCCAGGGCCCCCCUGGCUGGCUGGGAGUGAGGUGAAGACGCCGGGGAAGGGCAUCUGGCCGCUGAGCGGAAGGCGCCGUCCUCACCACGAAAACACAGUAAAGGCUCUGGACCGUGCUCUCUCCUCACUCGUGAUGCCUUUUGACCAAACCUGGUGCUUCCGCACGUGGCCCAGCAUGGUGUGGUAUGCCCCUGCUCUUGGAAAAUGGAGCCAGCACUUCAGCGGAACCCUGGCCUAGGGACAUCCCAAUGGCUCUGGGAGAAGAAAAGGUAGAGGUGGCGGCAUCUGCAGACACAAAGGCCCCGUCCUGUGGGAGGUGGAGCUGCAGGGAGCAGGAGGCGGACAGUCCGGGGCCCAUGCACAGGGAGCAGCUGCCACGCCUGGAAGCUGAGGGAGGGCUUGCCUCCCCUGUCGCAGGCACCGAGGGGCUCCCUGCCCUUGCCUGCUGUGGAGGGACUGACCCUGGCCCCUCUGGAGCCUCCCAGCCACAGGCCAGCAGGGCCAGCCAGGAGCCGGUAGCGGGUGGGUCUCAGCCUGCUUUUGGUUGCCUGCUUCCUCCUGCUGGCCUGGGGACCGGAGACCUGCACUCCGUGGGGAGCCAGAUGGAGGAGACCAGGCUUCCUGCCUCUAAGGAGCUACCUCAGACUCGCCCUGUCCCUAGAGUCUCCACUUUUAGCUCAGGACACGAUGCUGAUAUGGAAGAUGACCCGUCCCCAGUUGAGUUGCCGCAGGUGCUGGACCUCAGUCCACAGUCUCGCAUCUCAGGCCUGCCGUUCCGGUCAAGGGGAAGGUCCGCCGUGAACCCGGGGGCCCUUGCUCCUCAGUCCUCCAGCUGCAGCGGCUCUGCUGCGUCCCUCGGCAGCAGCCUUCAGGGUCACCAGGAAAAGGUGGCAUCUCAGGGUUGCUCCCUUGCCCAGGUCUCCUCCUCCCUGGAGCUGGUUGUCCCGCCCUCAGCCCCCUCGGGGGUGGGGCCAGGGCCUCGGCUCCAGUGGUCGCCCCAGCCUGUGUCCUCAGGGGGCGAUGCUUCCGGGCUGGGCGGGAGGCGUCUAUCCUUCCAGGCUGAGUACUGGGCCUGUGUGCUGCCAGAUUCCCUGCCUCCCUCCCCCGACCGCCGCUCCCCGCUCUGGAACCCGAAUAAAGAGUACGAAGACCUACUGGACUAUACUUACCCACUCAGGCCCGGUCCUCGGCUCCCAAAGCACCUUGACAGCCACGUGCUGGGUGACCCUGUUUUGCAGGACUCAGGCAUAGACCUGGAUAGCUUCUCCAUCUCCCCAGCAAGCACCCUAAAGUCACCUACUAAUGUCUCCCACAGUUGUCCACCAGAGGAGGUGACUGCCUUGCCCUUCUCUGGGCCCAGAGAGCCAGGCCUUAAGCAGCGGCCCUCUGGAAUACCCCAGAAGCAGGGCAGUGUGGGGUUGGCAUCUUGUAGCCAUCUCACAUCUACGCCCAGAGCCCCAGGCAGCAGGGACACUCCUUGGGAGAGGAGAGAGCCUACCUUGAAUGGUGUGAAGGACUGGCCACCCGUGGACAAGCACCUUGAGCUGGGCUCUCCCCACCUAAGGACAAGGGGCAGAGAGUGGCCUUCACCCAGGCUGGAAGGAGAGAAAGGGGCCAGCCAGGGCUUCCGGCGCCUGGCCUGCACGGAGUCCAGAUGGAGGUCAGAAGAGGAGGUGGAAAGUGACGACGAGUACCUGGCCCUGCCCCCUCGGCUGACACAAGUUUCUAGCUUGUUUUCGUAUCUGACUUCAAUUCCCACCUUGGUGCCCCUGCUCACUGGCACUGCUGAAGGACAGAGCUCUCUGGAUGUGUCAGACAGUGAUGGGCCAGCUUCCCUCCCAUCGGACUCCAGCCAAAGCCAGCUUCCCUCUGGGGCUGCUCUCAGAGGGUCCGGGAGCCCUGGGGGCCAGAACCAUAGUUUGCUGCGCUCCUUCCUCCGUGCGAGGGGCUCUGCAGGGGAGGGCAGUCUGGUGAGCAACCAGGCCCCGGGGGUCUCCUCUGGACCACUGAGAACACGCGCCUCCUUGCCGUCUGUGUGGGACCGGCGGGCAUUCUUGGAUCCAGAUGCUGAAGGGCAGCCUCCCAGGACAGGAGGAGAGCAAGGGAAAGAGUCACUCGUGCAGUGUGUGAAGACGUUUUGCUGUCAGCUGGAAGAGCUGAUCCGCUGGCUGUACAACGUAGCAGACGUUACCGACCACCUGACUCCACCCAAGUCCAGUCUCAUAAGCCUCAAGUCUUCUCUGCAGCUUUACCGGCAAUUUAAGAAAGAAAUAGAUGAACACCAGUCUCUGACGGAGAGUGUCUUACAGAAAGGGGAGAUUCUUCUUCAGUGCCUGUUGGAUAAUACUCCAGAUGGACACUUGGCCUCAGAUGAAUGGAACCUUGGCCUCACUAACCCUUGUCUUAGCUUGCUUUCAGUGUUAAAGGAUGUCCUCAGGAGAAUCUCCAAGCAGCCCAGUGAGCUGGAGAGCCACGCAGAUCACCUGUACGACACCAUCUUAUCCUCUCUGGACAUGCUGGCUGGCUGCACCCUCCUCCCUGACAACACGCCAGUGGCUCACAGUAGCGCCAGUGUGAAGGGCAUUAGCCUGGCGUCUUCUCAGGCAGAGAUGUAAUCGGUCAGCCAAAACCUGGCUAGUAGGAAACUUGCAGGAAGUCCUUGUGAGAGCCAUUUAACAAUGAAAUCAAGGGGGAAACCUAACUCUAAUGUACUAGCUUUAAAAUGCCUUUCUCUUCCCUGAAGUAAGGGCUAUUGAGUUACUAUUUUUAUUUAAAAUGAAUCCUUCCAAACUAAGGUUUUCCUUUUGGUGCUUCUCUACAUAGAGCACAUAGCUUUGCAUUUUUGAUAAAUAAUGCCAGUGAGGCUUAAAGGUCUUUCCUUCUCCAUCCAGUUAAAAAGAGGAGACAGCUUCUGUAACUAGUCCACCUGCUGAGAUCAUUUAAAGAAGGCUGGCAUGAGAAAGAAGGUACCAAAUGCCUGGUAUCCGCAGGCACACAGGAGGAUCCAAGAGACUGAAAAAAGUGAAUGGUUGACCAGGAACUUGGAACUUCACAAAAUGAAGCUUAGGCUUUAUUAUAAAUCCCUCUUUGAAGGUUACAGAAGAGACUUUAACUCUCCAAAUUAAUAGAAGUUUCUGAACAGAUCUCUCUACAAAUUAUUUUGGGCUGUCAGCAUACCUUUUAUCAUCUUAAGGGCCUAGGGCUCCAUCUGCCUGCCUAGCUAGUAUCUCAAAGAAAAAUGUGUCAGGGACUUAGGGAACUGCUGCUGAGCUUCCCCAGGGCUCUGGACUGACUGAUCUACCUUAAGGGUACCCCUAGGAGGAGGCAGCCUCCAUUCCUGCUCUCCCUUGGAGGAGUGGUCAGGUCAGGGAAGGCCGUGGACAGAAUCACACAGUCUGGCUAACUAUAGAAACUAAGGCUGUCAAAAGUGAAGGAAAAAAGGGAAUUCUUUGUUGCUUUGGGAGUUGACAUGUAAGUACCUCAGAGAAAAAAAUCUGAUCAACCACUUAAAGCCAAUUCUAUGGCUUUUUAAAGAAAAAUGAUCAGCUAUUGCUAGGAACCACAGAUUUUGCAUAAAACUAAGAAAAAAAAAGGCACUUAAAAAAAAGUUCUGUUGGGCCAUGAAUGAAUAUGGAAGGAGGAAGCACUUUUUCCCCCGUGUAUUUUUAGCACUACAGUGGACUAAGCCUUAAGGAAGGGGUUCUUCACACUUAAAUUUAUCUUUUUUCAAACUCCAGAUUCACAUUCAAGGAGUGCGCUUAAGAAAGGAAGAUCUUUUAAGUUUAUAAAGAAAUGAACAAGUCAUCUGAACCCAGAGCAAGUGACAUUAGAACAAUUAUUUUCAUAAAGCAGACUGUCUCUCCGGACAAAAUAUUUAAUACAAAAUUACCCUUGUUAAAAGAAGUUUAGAGGAAGAAGUGGUAGAGUGCAUGCUUAGCAUGCACAAGGUCCUGGGUUCAGUCCCCAGAACCACUUCUAGAAAUAAAUAAACCUGAACCCCCCCCCAACCAAAACAAAAGGACUUUUAGGGCUUUAGUUUUGGGGGCUGAACCACAUAAUCUUAUCAUCUCAUCCACCUCCAUAUGCAGUAAAACCCUAUCAUUAAAUGUGACUUCCCCACUUUAAAAUUUCUCAGACUUUAUACUGGAAAAUAAGCUGUUAAAUUCUAAUACUUAACAAUUAAGGAAAAAAUAUAAAAUUCAACAGUAGCUGUAUAAAGUGCAGUGUUUCAGGUGCCUCUGCUACUCUGGGAUGACUUACCAUAAUGCUUAAGGGCAUGAUCAGAACUAAGCUGCGUAUUAGGAUUCUGCCAGCUCCACUGUAAUCUUGGUUCCGUACAUAAUGAGAUUUAGAAAGAACACCUUAGCAAAUCAUUGUAUAUGUAAAAUCCUCCUAAAAGCCUAGAACUGGUUAAAAAGACAUGUCUAAUGGCCUCUGUUCUUAAAUUGAUGUAUUUCACCUUCUCUUAGAGCUAUCAGUUGGCACAUGUCUUUCCACUGUGUAUGUUACAGGAUAGCCCUUGGGAGUAUUUACUAACAUUUGAUAGACAAGAAAAUAAGUCUCUUACUUAGCAAAAACUGAAGAUGACAACCCUUUAUAAUAAUGAAUAGCUGAACAUGCCAUUCUGCCAUUCAACCUAAUAAUUAUAAUCAGCUUCAACUGACAAGAAUUUUCACAGAGUAUUUUACUUCAGAGUACCCUGUUUCCCAAGAAAGUACUACUUUACCUAGAGAUGACCUAAGAUAUUUUUGUUCACUUCCUUUGAAAUAAGGUGUGACUGAAGGGUGCCUACUCUGGACCUAGCUGUGAAUGCCGCUUAAGAGUAUCAGUACAACUUAAUGUCAUCUUCGGCAGCGCUGUAAGAAGUUUAAGACCUCCCUUAAAAAACUCAAGCUGAAACGGUUUCCGCCUCGGAAGAUGCUGCCAGCAGCAUUCCACGAGCAAACGUGGCCAGGCUAGAUUCAAACAGCCUGGCUGGCCAGUGUGCUGUGGUACACGUUAGCCUUAACAGCAGUGGCUUACAGUGACAUUAACGUGGUUAUGAAAUUCCAAGUUUACCUGCAGUAAAUUUUCUUAGUAGUUCCCUUUAAAUUAGUAGAACUUAAGUCCACUGGAAUCUGGCAGUACUAGAACCUGGGCUGGCAGUUUGAAAACCUGGGUUCUUGUCACAGCUCCCUGGCUAAGAUGAUCUGCAAAUAGGAGUGUCAAUACAGGACUGUUUUAAAGCUUAAAUGGGAUCAUAAAGAAGGGCUGAUAUAAAAUAUAAUGCAAUGGUAACAUAUAUGCUAAAGGAGGUUUGGUCCAAGGUCAAAGAACAAAUAGUUACUACUCAGACCAGAACAGCUAUCAUUCUGCAAGGAUUUCACAGAGACUGUGACUGCUUAGAUUUAGAAAACUCUUCACAUCUGUAAGGUAAUUCAUGGUAGCCACUUACAUUUAAAAUACAGCAAAGCAUUAAUUCCAUUUAUUGAGUGAACAGACUAUUAAAGCCCAUAGUAGCUUGAAGUGUUUGUACUUGAAAAUGGGGAUAGGAAUGGGAAUACAUUUUUUUUUUCAAAACUGCAUUUAUGGGUAAAUUCAUAAAAGCAGAUAGCGAAGCAUGGCAAGACAUCUUGCAGUAAGCCCCAGUCUCAACUGCCAUGGGGGAAAGAACACUGGAAUUUUCAAAACUCAGUAAGUAUGUAAAUAUGCCUACAUCUUAAAUUCAUGUAAUGUUUUUUGCUAACUCACAAGAAUAAGCUGACAGUUUGAACAACUUGCUGUAUUAAAAAACCAAAGUGUAUCACACUAACAUUUGUAUCACUCAUCUACUUUAAAAAUUAGUUUCUGAAUUCUUUUCCCCUUUAUACUAUAUUGAUAAGGCAAAAAAAAAAAAAAAAACCCCAAAACCCAAACCUUUUGAAACAUUAAUAAAAAAUUUCACCCAAAUUACUGGUAACUUGAGAAAUUUUUCAGUUGCCUUAUGUGAGGAUGAAUAGAUCCAACAAGCACAUCUAUAAUACAAAGUAAACUGUGAUUUUAUUGUGAAAUUCUCAUAGAUGGAAAAUUAAAUUGAAUAUUUAUUCUGUCCAUUUCAUUUUACAAUAAUCUUAACCACUUAUUUUUGUACCAUGUAUUUCAAUUGCCUGUUUAGUGAAAAUAAAGAAACCUAUAAUUUUUGGCUUGUUUUUAGUUUAAAUUUUAUCACUGAAUUAAAGACCCCCACCAUAAAAUGUGUUGCCAACAGCCACAUCCCAAGCCCCUAAGUAAAGAAUGUUUUGGCUGCUACUUCAACCCCAAGGAAACAAUCUUUGACUUCUAUUACCUUAAAAUGCCAGUGCUAGCAAAAGAUUUUUGUUCCCCACAAUAAAAACCAACCCUAGGAUCGUUAAGGUCCUAGUUAACAAAAUUUCACAUGUGCAAAAUUCCACUGAAAUAAAUAUAUUUCUCUCAUUUAUCAUUCCCACCCAGCAUUUGUGUUUUCAGCUAAUUUAAAGGGAUAUAAUUUCUAAAAUUAGGGCAAAUAGUUCAUUUUCUGCUACUUCAAUGCCUUAACUCUCCUCCAA